UUGAUGACGGAUAAGUGAAUGCGACCACAGAGUAUCUCAUGUGAUAUGAGACCUGAUCACUGUCACAAAAAUUUUAUGUCUCUGCAACCGAAUUUCACCAAUAUUUAAUUAGUUAAUGCUUCCAAGGGUACACCCGUCAUUUUGGCUCUUCACUAAAAUAUUGGGAUUAGAAUAUUUGCUGGGAUAUUUGUUUGGGCAGAGGCAGAGAGAGAGAGAGUUCAGUGACUCACAUGUCAACACACUGAGCUUUGGCUAAUGCCGGAAAAUUGGGUAGUGCUGAACCUAGAGCAGGUCAAAUCGUCGAGAAUGCAAGAUAUGCAUGGCAUUGGAGAAGGAAGCGGCGGCGGAGGGAGGUUUAUAAGCGUCGGAGAUAGGCGUCUGCGGCCGCUCAACCACCAGGUGGUCAAGUGCCCGCGCUGCGACUCGCUCAACACCAAGUUUUGCUACUACAACAACUACAACCUCUCGCAGCCGCGCCACUUCUGCAAGAGCUGCCGCCGCUACUGGACCAAAGGCGGCGUCCUCCGCAACGUCCCCGUCGGCGGCGGCUGCCGCAAAACCAAGCGCUCCAAGCCUAAGGCCAAUGCCUCCUCCGCCGCCGAGGACGACGCGCCGCCGGGAGAGACCAAGUCCAGCGCGCAGAGCUCCAGCAGCGAGAGCUCCAGCCUAACCACCGCGGCGGCGGCGGCGGCAACUGCUCCUCCGACGUCGGCGGAGGAAGGCUCGGUGCCGAUCUACACGACGUCGGAUUCCGCCGUGAUGUACAAUUUCGCCGACGCUAGUUUCUCCAACGUGAAUCCCCUCGCAAACCCUAGCCUCGAUCACCAGCCGGCGUUCGUUAAUGAUCGUCCGUCGAUGGCAGGGCAGAUCUUCUCGGCCGAAGGAGGGAGCUUCACGGGGCUGAUGACGUCAUCGGAGGAAUUGAUGAUGGGGCUCGACAUCGCGACGACGUCGUACGGGCAGGAGGAGCCGGCGGCGGAGAAGGCGAGCGUGGGCGUGGGGAAGGCGGAUGAUUUGAAGAUGGAAGAUAUUAGCAACGCGGCGGCGCUGGGCUGGGGAAGCGGCGGCGACGACGGAGAUCAAGGGCUGUUUGAUCUAACGGCUGGCGUGGAUCCUGCUUACUGGAGUCAAUCCGACUGGACUGACAAUGACCAAUCCCUAAAUUAUCUUCCCUAGUACUAAUCUCACCCUUUUUACUAAUUACAGUAUUAUAUUAUUUUUAUUUUGUUUCACUACACUGAAAUAUUUCUAAAUAUCAAAUAUUGUUUUUUUUUUUUUUUAAUUGUAGGAAAUUGUAAAUGUCCUUUCUGUUUUUGAACAAAGGCACUUAGGUGUUUAGUAUGGUGUGCAUACUCUUUUUUUUUUAAUUAUUGUUACAUUUUGGUGCUCCAACUGUAAACGAUUUACAAAUAAAUUGCGCUGGUGGGUUAAUUGCA